CUCUCUUUCACAUCUUGCUCUUCAUCCACACUCUCACUCCAAUUCUCUCAGACUCUUGAGUCUCUUACACAGCUCUCAUGGCCACCGAGGAGUCCAACGAGCAACCGCCACCGUCGCCGGCACCGCCUAAUCCGGCUCCGGCGCUCCCUGAGUACCCAAAGAUGAUUAUGGCGGCGAUUGAGGCGCUUAAUGAGAGCGAGGGGUCGAACAAGACCUCAAUCGCGCAGCAAAUCGAGUCCACCUACGGCGAUCUGCCGCCGGCUCACGCCACGCUUCUGGCGCACCACCUCAACAAGAUGAAGCAGAGCGGCGAGCUCGUUUUCGUCAAGAACAACUACAUGAAGCCCGACCCCAACGCGCCGCCCAAGCGGGGCCGUGGCCGCCCGCCCAAGCCCAAGGUCCCGGCGCCGGAAGGAGCAGCCGUGGUCUCCUCGCCUCCGAGGCCACGUGGCAGACCUCCCAAGCCUAGGGAUCCGUUUUUCCCGCUCCCAAUUGCCAAGAGCUCGACAUCAACCGGGUCCGGCAGGCCACGUGGCCGCCCUCCGAAGAAGGCCAAGACAAGUCCGACCUCGACUCCGGCUCCGGCGAGUGGUGCCCCUAGAGGUAGAGGCAGGCCACCGAAAGUCAAGCCCUCCGUAGCUCCGGUGGGUUGCUGAGCUCACAGUGAGAGAGAAAAAGAGAAACAACGAGUGCGUUUUUAGGCUUCUUUUUUGGGGUUAAAUUUUUAGGUGUGUUGAAAUUUAGUCUUCGGCUAAUUGAUGGUUUAGCUUCAUUGUCCCAGUCUUUCUAUUUUUCCUGUGUUGUGUUCUGUGGUGGUGGUCAUGGAGAUUAGGGGUGGCCGGAAUUCUGAAUCUCCGGUUGUAAUGUGACUAAUUUCAUGCCAAUGUAAAUUUGAUCAGCGGCUACUUGGGCUUUUCUGCCAUGUGCCUCUC